AUGUCUGGCGCUCAUGAGGACAUGAUCGGUUACGCACAGGAGCUCGACAUCACGGUAGCUUCUCGACCAUCGUCUCGGCCGUCAAGCAUGGAGCGGCAAACAAAACUUGCUCAUCUUAAGCUCGUUUCCAAGUAUUACGGAUACGCCAACUUCUCAUACCCUCGACCCGACGGCACUCCGACUCGCAAUCCGUAUAGAAGAGCCGGUCAAACGUAUUCAUCCGAAGACCUCACUCAAGAUUACCACCAUCACAGCCUUGCUUGCCCGGAAACACCAACCAAACGAGAUCGUACUUCUAUGGGCUCGCAAGGCUCCAACAGUUCAGCACCAAGUCUCAUUGAUGAUCGGACCGAUUCCGAAGUAUCGCUCGACGACGACUACCAGUACCACGCUUCCGCAUCUCAGCUUUGGGACACCUUCUGGCCGAUUGAUGAGGGAAAGACCCAGCAGACUCCAGAAAAGGCCAAGACCCAGUAUCCUGCCUUGAUCCCGUCACCACAUAUCCGCAGGGCGAAGAAGACGGGUUGCAUCAACUACGACGCUUACCCCCUACCACCCCGACCUGUCGAGUAUAACAUCCAGGUUCAGCACUCACCAUCUCCAACCCCUUCCACCACCGAGGACCCUGUGACCCAGCCCCAACCACCCGCGAGUAUGCCAGCGUCACCGGUCCCCCAUUCUGUUCAGGGCCCCGAGGACCCUGAGCCUCGGAGCCCUCCAGAACUUCGCCGGACCAUUCGUGCCGUCCGGUCCUCUUACAGCCUCUUCCCUCGUACUCAGCCUCAAGCCCCGAGCUACCCUCCACCACCCCCACCUCACUUCUCUGCCCUCUCAACUCGACCGAGUAUGGGCAAUCUUCGCAAGGGACAUCGUCCACCACCCAUCCAUCUUCAUUCUAUGCCCAUGUCUACGGCUACGGCUACCGCCGCUCCACUGUAUUCUCCCGCCACGGCGUCUCUGUUUUCUCCUCUCUCAUCGCCUCUCUACUCUCCCCUACAUUCUGAUUACACGAGACCUCAUACCUCGCAUGGAAAUUAUUACCCAUGUACUGCCGACCUUACACAUCCCCGUUCUGCCCCCUUGCCACCGCAGACGCCGACAAUAGGAACAUCGUCGGGUCUGGACACGCCCAAGUCUUUCUUCGACUUUGACUCGGACUCAGACUCUGAUGAAGAAGAGCCCGAGCACACCAUCUCUCGCUUCGUCAAGACGCUGCACAAGCGAACCGCCAGCGAGACUCGCAGGAGCGCCAAAGGGGCAGCCUACGCGGAUGCACAGCUCCGCAAGAUCCGCGCCGAGACUGAGGCCGAGAGGAUUCGCGAGAACCAGAUGAUCUUUGAACGAAACAAGAGAUCCGGUGCCGUCUUUGGACGCAUGUUUGGACGCACGCAUGCAAGGUCUCCAAACGCAUAA